AUGUUAAUACCACCCGGCGCGGUCAUUUUCUGUUACUGCUGCUGCGGGCUCCUCCGUCCGAGACAGAUGUUGCGAAACCAAGGCCUCCUCAAGUGCCGCUGCCGCAUGCUCUUCAAUGACCUGAAGGUCUUCCUGCUGCGGAGACCCCCCGCGCCGCCGCCGCCCUCGCCGCCGCCGCCGCUUCCCAUGCCCGGCGGCGCAGAGGCGGGGGCCGGCGGCGCCGCUCCGCUCGGGGGGCGCGGGCCCGGCUGGCGGGCGGCGGCGGCGGGCGGCGGAGCGGGCAGCCCGGGAACCGAGGAGUGGGGCAGCCCCGCCGGGGAGCCGCCCGCCUCCCUGCCCAGCAGCACCUCCUCGGAUGACUUCGGCAAGGGCAAGGCCGAGGACCGCUACUCGCUGGGAAGCAGCGUCGAUAGCGGCAUCCGCACCCCGCUCUGCAGGAUCUGCUUCCAGGGUCCCGAGCAGGGGGAGUUGCUGAGCCCGUGUCGAUGCGAUGGAUCGGUGAAAUGCACGCACCAGCCAUGUCUGAUCAAAUGGAUUAGCGAGAGAGGCUGCUGGAGCUGUGAGCUGUGUUACUACAAGUACCACGUCAUUGCCAUAAGCACAAAGAACCCUCUGCAGUGGCAGGCCAUCUCCCUGACAGUCAUUGAGAAGGUUCAGAUAGCAGCAGCCAUCCUGGGUUCCCUCUUCCUCAUCGCCAGUAUCUCGUGGCUCAUCUGGUCGACCUUCAGUCCUUCAGCCAAAUGGCAGCGCCAGGACCUGCUCUUCCAGAUCUGCUAUGGAAUGUAUGGCUUCAUGGACAUUGUCUGUAUAGGUCUAAUAAUACACGAAGGGCCCUCGGUUUACCGGAUUUUUAAACGGUGGCAGGCGGUCAAUCAGCAGUGGAAAGUGCUGAACUAUGACAAAACAAAGGACAUGGAGGAACAAAAAACAGGGACCAGGACAAAUCAGCGUCCCUCCUCCCAAACCACCCACUCGUCCUCCACUGGUGGUACAGCCACUAACUCCGCUCCGGCCGACAGCGGGGCCCGGGCCACCGGCCAUGCCACAGGCACCCUCUCUGACCACCACUGUGCUUACACCAUCCUGCAUAUACUCAGCCACCUGAGGCCUCACGAACAGAGGAGUCAGUCUAGUAGUAACAGAGAGCUCGUCAUGAGGGUCACGACGGUCUGAGCCGAGGAAUUCAGGAGGCCUUAACGCAGAGCGGAGGAGACGCAGAACUCGUAACGCAGAGGAGCAUGGUGUGCCUUUUUCUUUCUCUUCCCUUUUAUUCUUUUUUUUUUCUUCUUCUUCUGUUCCUUCUUUUCUUUUUUUUCGGUAACUGCACAAGAUAUAAGAGGCGGCACCUGGCCAGCUGAGGAGAAAGCAGGUGGAGGGAGAGCUGCACACUCAUGCUAAAGAGGUUAAUGUUUUCCAGCCAGUUAAAAAAAAUGGGGGGGGGAGGGGGGAACAGAAAAAAAAAAACAAAACAACCACACAAAUCACAAAAAGAAAAAAAAACCAACAAAACAAGUGCAAUACAGACUAAAAAAACUGAGUAGGCAGAGUUCUGGGGAAGCAGAGGAACAGACGGUUUAGCAUGUCUUACAAAUCCUAUUACCUGGAAUAGGUGAUGCUCUGUACACACCCACCCUACACACACACACGCACGCAAGUGUGAGAUUUAUAUAAACAAGGAAGGGAAUGAAAUAUUUGGAGUAUUUUUUUUUUUUCUUUCCAGACUGUGAUUAACCAGGGCUAUGAGUUGUUUUGUUCAUGAGUCAUUCUGGAACCUUGUUCGAUUUACCAUAGGAUAUCUGAAGUGAAAUGGCUGGGGAUUUUUCAGUAGUGAUUUAUGGGAAAAAAAAACAAAACAAAACAAAACAACAACAACUGACCGUUGAAUCAUCUCGCCAAGAAAAUGCAACA